AUGACCCCGCCAUACCACGUCACCAAGCAAAGACCGAAGCACCACAGCGGCCUUGGAGGUGGCUUUGUCCUCACCUCCGUCAUACGUCGUCUCAAAGUGGGCGGAGUCUCGCUGUCAGACCUUUCUAGACUUCCCUGCAGUGGAUGUCAAUCACAGCAUGGACGCCACCGGAGGCACAAACAGGCGCAACAUGAGCGCCGCUCACGCUUCUCCUGGAGUGAAACAGUUUAUUUACCGCUAGGCAAGACUCGCCUGAAAAUGGUGGACUUUGAGAUCCAGGAGAACCACAGUCUCCACCAGACGGGAGGUCUGAGCAGCAAGCGGCUUGUGGUGCGGCGAGGAAGAGCCUUCAAAGUCACUCUGAUGCUUGAUGGACGCCCGUGGGAGCCAAGCAGCCAACGUUUGGCGCUGCAGAUUUCAUUAGGCGACAUGUCAGCCAAGAUGUUGGUUAACUUUACCGACAAGUGGUUCGACACGGACAGGUGGUCGGCCCGGGUCUACCCCGGCGACCUGCGCCGCCGCUCCAUCACCAUCCAGGUCUUCGCCCCGGUCCGGUCCUCGGUGGGCUUGUACCAGAUGCUGGUCCACAUAGACGACGCACAGGAGCGCCGCAGCUUCUUGGUGGGGACUUUUGUGCUGCUGUGCAACCCCUGGCUGGAAGAGGAUCCGGUCUACAUGCCGCUGGAUGUGCUGCUGGACGAGUACAUCAGGAGCGACUAUGGCGUGGUCUACAUGGGAACAGACGUCAACGUUGUCCAGCGUCCUUGGUCAUUUGGACAGUAUGAGCCCGAUGUCCUGGAGGCGUGUCUUCAGCUGCUCCAGGUGAGCCCUCAGCACCUGAGCAACAAGCACAAGGACUACGUUCUCCGGGCAGACCCCGUCUACCUGAGCAGGGUCAUGUGUGCAAUGGUGAACUCCAGUGACGACAUGGGCGUGCUGGAGGGCAAGUGGGACGGCAGCUACAAAGAUGGCGUGGGGCCCACAGAGUGGAGCGGCAGCGCGGACAUCCUUCACCGCUGGUUGGCGUCCAAAGGCAAGCCGGUGCGUUAUGGACAAUGCUGGGUCUUUGCCUCCGUCCUCUGUACAGUGAUGCGAGUGCUGGGGAUUCCCUCCAGGGUGGUGACGGUCUUUAACGCCGCCCACGACACUGAUGGAAACCUGGUAGUGGAUGAGUUCUACUCUAGCACCGCGGAGAAGCUGACUCUGUCAAAAGACAGCGUUUGGAACUUCCACGUGUGGGUGGAGUGUUGGAUGCAAAGACCUGACCUGGGCCUGGGUUUUGACGGCUGGCAGGUGGUGGACCCCACCCCUCAGGAGAAGAGCGCAGGGACGUACCGCUGUGGCCCGUGCCCGGUGGCCGCCAUCAGAGGGCGCUGCCUCCGCACGCCUUACGACGCCGCCUUCCUCUACGCCUCCGUGGACGCUGACAUCGUGCGCAUGAUGGUGCGGUCGGGCCGCGUGGUGAGCAAGACCACGGACAGCGAGUGGGUGGGACGCGCCAUCUUCACCAAGAGCGUCGGCUCGGAAACGGCGGAGGAUUUGACGGAGAGUUACAAGAAAAUUAAAGUUAGACAAGAGCAGCUGAUGGGGAAGUUGACCUCCAAAUCUACAACACUUUCUCACCCGUUCCAUCAUUCUGCUGUAAGUUGUCUCCAGAGUGGAACAUUGUCUGGUCCAACUGAAGAAGACGGGUCCAGUUUGGACGUCUCCAUCGCCGUCGACGGAGAGCCGACGGCGGGCGAGAGCAUCGACCUGACCGUGACCCUCACCAACAAAUUGGCGCACCACCGCGUCCUGCUGGAGCACCUGAACGCUCAGCUGAAGGAAUUCAACCGCAGCCCCCAGAAAAGCUUCUGGAAAAGCCACAAAGAAGUUACCGUCCCGCCGUUUGAAGUUUUCACGCUGCAGCAUUCCAUCCCGGCAUCGGAGUACGAGUCCUUCCUGUCGGACGACGACAUUGUCAAAGUGUCGGUGGUCAUCAAGGACGUGAACACCAAAGAGAGAGUUUUGGCCACGCAGGACUUCAACAUCAGCACGCCCAAAAUUAGCAUACAGGUGGAAGGCGGUGACACCAUCAAGGUGAAGAAGGAGCACACGGCCGUGGUUUCCUUCACCAAUACAUUCAACAAAGGUCUGAGCAGCGCUGUGCUGACGGUGGAAGGUUAUGGAUUGCUGCAGGGCAAACAAGACGCCAGGCUGAGUGUGCUGCAGCCAGGAGAGAAGAUGGAGAAGAAGGUUUCCAUCAUGGCGUCCACAAAAGGCACCAAGAUGCUCAGCGCCACUUUGUCACACGGCGGAAGUUCCAAAGUGCUUUCCAGAAGCUUCCAUAAAGUGUCCGUCAACUCAUAGACAUGCUCUAAAAAUAGUACAAGAUAUUGUAGGUUUGUGUUUAUUAUUGUCAUGGUGCUGGGAAUACUACACUAGUAUACCACCAUGUAUACUAAAGUACUAUAUCAUGAAUACUACACUAGUAUACCACCAUGUAAACUACAGUACUAUAUCAUGAAUACUACACUAGUAUACCACCAUGUAUACUACAGUACUAUGAUAUCAUGAAUACUACAGUAGUAUAUCAUGAAUACUACAGUACUAUGAUAUCAUGAAUACUACAGUAGUAUACCACCAUGUAUAGUAUUUUUUUCCCGCCCUUCAUUGCUUCCUUUCUUCCAUUUUCCAAGUCUUCUUUCCUUCCUUCCUCCAAUUUUCCAAUAUUUUUUCAUCCUUCCUUUCUUCCAUUUUACAAGUCUUCCUUCCUUCCAUUUUCCAAGAGUCUUCUUUCCUUCCUUCCUCCAAUUUUCCAAUAUUUUUUCAUCCUUCCUUUUUUCCAUUUUACAAGUCUUCUUUCCUUCUAUCCUUUCUUCCGUUUUCCAAGAGUCUUCUUUCCUUCCUUUCUUCCAUUCUCAAAUAUUUUUCUGCCUUCCUUCCAUAAUUCCAUUUCUCCAAUAUUUGUC